UGAUAUAGUGGUCACUCGCGGUCUGUUUUUUGGAUUUGACGCAAAACGCAAUGAGCUUAGCUUCAGUUAUCCACCACGGAAUUUUUGCUCCGGCGAAAUCGGAUCGAAUCUUUCUUACCAUUCCGGUGGUUCCGCCGGAUUUCCGAGCUCGUGGAUGGACUGAGUCUCGUUUCUCUCUCGUUUCAGCUGCGAAUCGUCGUCUCUCUCAUCUUCCUCCUAUUGCUUGCUCCCGAGAAAUCGAUCAGGAAGAUGAUGUUUCUUCUUCAGAGAAGGAGAGCAGAGAACUUCUGCCACACAAAAACGAUGAGAAUGCAAGCUCUUCGUCAUCAGUAGAUAGUGGAGGCUUGAACGAUUAUCAACAAGAAGAAACAUACAAAACUUCCUUCAAGACUGUUGCCUUGUGUGUUGGCACUGCGGUGGCUUUUGGAAUUGGAAUAGGUUUGAAGGAAGGUGUUGGCAAGGCAUCAGAGUUUUUCGCAGGCUAUAUAUUGGAGCAAAGCUUGUCAGUGGACAACUUGUUUGUUUUCGUUCUUGUUUUCAAGUACUUCAAAGUGCCACCCAUGUAUCAGAAUAAGGUACUUACCUACGGUAUAGCUGGUGCAAUUGUCUUCCGUUUCACGCUCAUAUUACUGGGAACAGCUACUCUUCAGAAAUUUGAAGCAGUCAAUCUACUGCUUGCUGCUGUACUUCUUUAUUCGUCUUUCAAGUUAUUUGCAAGUGAAGAAGAUGAUACAGAUCUAUCCGACAACUUCAUUGUAAAGACAUGCCAGAGAUUUAUUCCUGUCACAUCAAGUUACGAUGGAAACCGGUUUUUCACAAAGCAUGAUGGCAUUUUGAAAGCCACACCAUUGCUACUUACAGUAGCAGUGAUCGAGCUCAGUGACAUAGCAUUUGCGGUUGACUCGAUACCAGCUGUUUUUGGCGUCACAAGGGAUCCUUUUAUUGUCUUGACCUCUAAUCUCUUUGCAAUCCUAGGACUAAGGUCUCUCUAUACACUUAUUUCUGAAGGAAUGGACGAGCUAGAAUACUUGCAGCCAUCAAUAGCAGUUGUUCUUGGCUUCAUAGGAUUCAAGAUGAUCCUUGAUUUCUUUGGGUUCCACGUAUCAACUGAGGCAUCACUUGGUGUCGUGGCACUUUCUCUCGGCACAGGAGUAGUGUUGAGCCUAACAAACAAAUCCAGCGACAGCUAACUAAGAACUGAGAACUGAGAACUGAGAACUGAGAACUGAGAACUGAUUCCAGAGGAAAUCAAUAAAACAGUUUCAGUUCAUGGAAGCAUUUCGCUGAUGUGUUUACUGUAUAUAAAACACAGAGAAAGGGCAUGCUUUGCAAGAUGUAAUUUACUUUUUGUUUGCUCAUUCAAGGAGUACAAGAUUAUCCCUUUUUGGAUUAGUCUUUCCAUUUCUCUAAAAAUACAACUCUUCUCUAGGCAUUAAAAGAUCAAACAAAACACACUUUGAAUGUUCAGAUACUCUCUGAAGUUGCUGUUUGGAUUA